UGAAGAUGUCUCGCGGGGGGAGCAGGACGCGCUGGACCACAAUCUAACAGAGAAAGUGUGUCAAAGAGGAGAAGUAGAGGAGCCUAUCAGGAGUAGACAAACACCCUAGACUGUAGGAUAAGAAGGAUAAAACUAAGAAACUAGCGGAAGCUAAAGAAAAGGUGCAACAAUUGGUUCGGUUUAAAGGGAAAACCUUAGAAGAUAAGGGGCCUUUAGGCAAAUGGUUGUGGGAAAAGCAAAAAGAAUGUGAGGUUAAGGUAGCAGAUCUGGUAGAGCAGGGAAAACAGGCAGGUCUGUUGCAGAAGACCAAAAUAAAAACCGAAACGGAGGCCCAGGACAAGGAACGACGGGACUGGACGGAGCUCGCGGUCUGGUGGCAGAGUACUACGCACCUACAUUCGGCGGACAAGAAAAAGGACAAAGGAGGUCCAAAAGAAUUGGUAACCACACAAGACACCCACACUUGUCCUCCUCCAUACGCCCCACCUAAUACACCCACACCCGGCAUUUACCCCACUUUACACGUAACAGAAGGUACACUGCAGAUAGACGACGUAGCCACAGGAGAAACUGCGAGCCCAGCACCUGUACCGGCGAGCACGACUAAGACUCCACCUCCUAUGACACCGACCAGUCCUGACAAAACACCUCCAAGACCCCAGUCAGUGACUAGCAGAGACACUGAAACAGAGUACAUUCCAAAUAACCCUUUCCAGGACCGACAACAGCGAGAACAUGGUGACAUUGACUAUAGAGCAUACAGGGAAGCGGAGGAAGAGGUUAAGCGAGAGAGGGACAGCACCAUACAGCGGUUUAAAGAAUUCGAGGACCAGGGCAAGCGGGAGUUGAUGCAGGACCAAGUACGAAAAUCAGAUAGAAACAGACCAACACCCCGCGAUAGCACUGAUCUCAUGUGGGACCUGAGCGAGGGAGAGGAGUGUGAGCCUCCAGUGACAGGAGCAGCAGCGUUUACAGGAAAAGGCAGGUAUGAGGGACAGACUAGGGAUGUCGGAGUUAAAUGGAAACUGAAGGGUAGAUGGGAGAACAGGCCACAGGCUGAUGAGGAGGAGGAGGAGCAGAUUGCAGAACUAGAAAGAGAAGUAGAAAAGGCAACAGAGAGACUGAGGGCCAGCAUGGAAAAGACUCAAAUCUGGGUGGCUGACGCCAAGGGACGCAGACGAUCCGUGAGGGACAGAGGAAAGAGGGAUGAGUCCAGGGACCGACAGGACCAUCACCAUCUGGCUAUCCCCCUACUAAGCACGGCCGGACAACCUGACAAAUACAAACCGUUUACUUUAGGGGACAUCCAGACUAUAGUAGACAAACUGCCCCCUGUAGUGGAGGGAGGCAACAGGUGGUUGGACAAACUGGAUUCUCUGAUCGCGGGACAGAAAUUAGCUCUAGGGGACUUUAGAGCCGUUGCAGCAAGAUGUAUGACUGGGGGUGACCUGCGUGACAUAGAGACGGACGCUAACACUAAGGGGUUGCCUGACAAUGCACCAUUUACGAGACAAAGCACUGCGAUCGGACAGGCCAUGCGAGACAAAUAUCCGCUACCACACGCCGCUAUAAUCCCGAAACUGAGAUGGAACCCCGAACAGAGCCCAAGAGAGUUUCUUACGCAGGCUAAAGAUCAAUGGGUGAGCAACACCGGCUGUCACCCAGGAAAUAAAUCAGUUCAAAGGGAGUGGUUUAGACAGGCCGUUCUAGAGGGGGUCCCGGAAUCCGUCAGAAAUACGAUGAAAAACAAUCUCGUUCAAUAUGUGGACGACCUCCUACUUGCUGCGCCAACGGCACCUACAUGCCUCGAGGCCACACGCUCGCUACUCGCGCAUCUAGCUAAGGCCGGCUUUAAAGUAAGCAAACCUAAAUUGCAGGUAGCGCGGAAACAGGUCUCAUUCUUAGGUCGACAAGUCUCACAAAAAGGCGCUGGCCUAUCUCCACAACAUAAAUCAGCAAUCCUACAGCAUCCCAAACCACACACUGUCCGUGACAUGCUCUCUUUCCUCGGCCUAACAGGUUACAGUAGGAAUUACAUCCCUGACUACAGCGGCCUCACUAAACCAUUACGUGAUCUCAUCCGUGAACACGGUAUGCGUAACCUCUCUGCCCCACUCAAAUGGACAACGGAUGCUGAAGCGCAGUUUAUCGCCCUUAAACAAGCCCUGGCAGCGGCUGCUGACCUCACCAUUCCAGACUACUCCCUACCAUUCUACCUAGAUGUCUCUGGUUCAGAACUAUGCACUAAUGGCGUUCUGUACCAGAGAAAAGGGGGAGAGAGGGUAAUACUGACUUAUGUAAGCGUAAUGUUGGAUGCAAUGGAAAAACGACACCCAGCAUGCACACAACACGUGGCUGGAGUAGCAAAACUCAUUCAAAAGACAGCACACAUAGUGAUGGAACACCAACUUAACGUGCUAACAACACACAGCGUGGUAGCAUACGUGAACUCGCACACAUUCACACUAACGGCAUUAAGACAACGCAGACUGAGCAUAAUCUUAGAAGCCCCAAAUCUCACGUUCACGCAUGAAGGCAUAAACAUGGCAGAACAAAUGAGCAACGGAGAACCACACCAGUGCACCGAAAGAGUGCACCGAGACGAAAAAGUACGACCUGACUUAUUAAGUGAACCAAUAAAAGGGGGACGUGACUUAUACACUGACGGAUGUUGCUACAGACAUGACAAAGAUGGACUGGUCUCAGCUUACGCAGUAGUAGAACAGACAGAGACAGGAACACACACAGUACGAGCAGAGAGGAUCCAGGGACAGCAAUCAGCACAAAGAGCAGAAGUCCUGGCAGUGAUAGCAGCUCUGGAAGAGGGAAAAGACCAGAUAGUAAACAUAUACACUGACUCUGCAUAUGCAGCCGGGGCAGUACACGUAGAACUCAAACAGUGGCUCAGGGCAGGGUUCCUCACAGCUAACAGUCAGCCAUCAGACACGAAACAGAAAUGAGACAACUUGCAGAAGCAUUACUAUUACCUCAGAAAGUAGCAGUGAUAAAAUGCAAAGGACACGAGAAACAUGAAUCCGCGACGAAAGCAGGUAAUGACGCAGCAGAUGCCGCAGCCAAACAAGCAGCAGGAUAUACACCACACCUCGU